AUGUCUGCUGGUCUGGAGGACCCGGACAACGUGUUCGACCUGAACGAGGCGAUCCCAGAGACCGAGCUGCUGGAUAACAGCAUCCAGAAGGGUCGAGCUCAGCUGUCCGUCAAAGCCCGGCGGCACCGGCCGUCCCGGUCCCGUUACCGUGACAGCGUGAGCUCCACGGAGGGCGAGGACAGUCUGGAGAGGAAGGACAGUCCGUUACACUCCGCCCGCUCACCGCUCCACCAGCGAGGCUCCUCCCCCUCCCCUGAUUCGUUGCUGUCGUCUCGAAGCCCCGCCUUCUCCUUUGACAGCUCACUGGUGCGUCGCUCUCCAGAGGAAGGAGGCGCGUCAUUGGACGCUGCCCCGCGGGGGCGGUACCGCCAGCUGACCAAUGCCACGUCUCAGGAGGCUCUGGUCACGCCCAUCAGCUCGCCGUCCAAAUCCUGCCCCUCGUCUGACUGCUCACCUGUUUACAUGAGGAGGAACAGGAGGCCCGAGAGUGAAGUGUUAGUUUCUGACAGGACGGACACCAGCCCAGCUGAUCCCGACAGUUCCACCGUCGUCUUUGACAAGAAAACCAAAAGACGCUUCUGGAUCUCGGGUGACGUGACUCUGAGGCGUUCCUACAUCAGAGUGAGGAAAGAUAAAUCCAACAGACUGUCUGUGGGAAGCAGGGAGACUUCAGAGAGUCCGUCUCGCUCCUCCGGAUCCUUCGUCCCGUUCUCCUGGUUCUCUGAGGGACGAGGUUCUCUCUCCUCCUCUGGGACUCCGCCAUGCUCCCCCAAAAUACCCAAAAUACCCCCGAUGGGCUCACCCAGACCCUGCAAGUCCCACUCACAGGAGUCUGCUCUCAGUGAGGAGUUCUCUCCUCCUCACACCUCCUCCUCCACCUCUCCACCUGUCGACUCCUCCUCCUCCAGAUCCUCCCAUCCGUACCACACGCUGUCCCAGUCCUCCGACGAGACGUGUGAGGACUCGUCUGGUCUCGUGUCGUCCUGGACGUCUCAGCAGGUCUGUCAGUGGCUCAGAGGACUCAACAUGGACCAGUACGUCCCAGAAUUCAGUGAGAGAGACGUCGAUGGACAAGAACUGCUGCAGCUGGACGGAAACAAACUGAAGGUUCUGGGCGUGCUCAGUUCGUCUGACCGCAGCGUUCUGAAACGGCGGAUUAAAGAAAUCCAAACAGCAGCAGAGAAAGAACGAAAAGCUCUCGAAAAGGUGGAGAAACAGAAGGAGAAACAGAGGAGAAAGACCAGGAGCAGCUGUGAGAGCAGCAGCAGGUUCAGACCUGACGCUGCUCCUCCGGCUGCUUCACAUUCCUGA